AUGUCGUUGGAGAAACUUAUCGACGGAAUUGGUUCACAGUAUUUACCGUCGCAUAGGGACGCAUUGCCACGGUCGAUGUCGUCGUCUCAUUCUUUCCGUUACUGCCCUGAGACCACCAGAAUUUUCGAUGAAUUGCCUAAGGCCACGAUCGUGUCGGUCUCCAGACCAGACGCUAGUGAUAUUAGCCCUUUGCUUCUGUCUUACACCAUCGAACUCCAAUACAAACAGGCAACAAUCUCUCUCUUCUCUCUCUCUCUGUUUUGCUUUACGUGGCGUCUGUUGAAAAAGGCUUCACAAGUUAUUUAUUUACACUUCGCGUUGAAGAAACGUGCAAUAAUUGAGGAAUUUCAUGAGAAACAAGAGCAGGCGAAAGAAUGGCUUCAAAACAUAGGAAUUGGAGAUCAGACAGCAGUGGUGCGUGAUGAUGAUGAACCUGAUGAUGGAGCUGUUCUAUUGUAUAGUGAAGAGAGUGCUAAAAACAGAUAUGUUCCAUCCAGAGCUGCUUUACCAAUCAUUCGCCCAGCACUAGGUAGGCAGCAGACCAUUUCGGACAAAGCAAAAGCUGCAAUGCAAGGGUAUCUCAAUCACUUUCUGGGAAACAUGGAUAUUGUAAAUUCCCAAGAGGUUUGCAAGUUUUUGGAGGUCUCUAAGUUAUCGUUUUCACAAGAGUAUGGCCCAAAGUUGAAAGAGGGUUAUGUAAUGGUGAAGCAUCUGGCAAAAAUUCCAAGGGAUAAUGCAGACACAAGAUGUUGUAUGUGUUGUUGGUCUGGCUGUUGUAAUAAUAAUUGGCAAAAGCAAAGUGGAGGAGGAGGAGAGGGUUCGGAAUUGCCACGGCGAAGAGUUUCGAUCAGAUUUUCUGAUCAGAUUUUCUGCAAAUCUGAUCAGAUUUUCUGCCUUGGUGACUUCUUGAAACGGCUGUGCGCGUGUUCUUCUCCUCUGCUCGAUGUCUUCUGCUAUUGCUGGGUUGGUGAAUCUUUCUGCCUCGGUGACUUCUUGCGAGCAGAUUUUCUGCCGAACAUGAAACCAUACCAGCAGGAGACGGCUGUGCGCAUGCUCUUCUCUUCUUCUCUUCCUUCUGCCUCCUUGUUUCUAUCGUUGGUUUGGGCUGUCCUGAAACCUGGCUUCUUGGCCUUACUGGAAGAUCCUUUUGAUGUCAAACUUUUAGAUAUAAUUGUUUUUGAUCUGCUACCAGCUUCAAAUGGAGAUGGGAAAAGCCUAGUAUCAUUGGCAGAUGAGAUAAAGGAACGUAAUCCUUUGCGUUAUGCAUUUAAGGUUUCUUGUGGAAACCGGAGCAUAAAGUUGAGAACUACAAGUUACGCCAAAGUCAGAGACUGGGUUUCUGCUAUCAAUGAUGCCGGUUUAUGGCCUCCAGAAGGGUGGUGUAAUCCUCAUCGCUUUGGUUCUUUUGCUCCUCCCAGGGGUUUGAUUGAAGAUGGUAGUCAAGCUCAGUGGUUCAUAGACGGAAAAGCAGCAUUUGAAGCAAUUGCAUCAUCAAUAGAGAGCGCAAAAUCUGAGAUUUACAUUACUGGAUGGUGGCUUUGCCCAGAAGUGUAUUUGAGACGUCCGUUUCACAGUCAUGGCUCCACUCGACUUGAUGCUUUACUUGAAACUAAGGCUAAAGAAGGGGUCAAGAUUUACAUCCUUUUAUACAAGGAGGUUUCUAUUGCUUUAAAAAUCAACAGUUUAUACAGUAAGAAAAAGCUUCUUAACAUUCAUGAGAAUGUAAGAGUGUUGCGUUACCCAGACCAUUUCUCAACCGGCGUUUACUUGUGGUCACAUCAUGAAAAACUUGUCAUUGUUGAUCAUCAUAUUUGCUUUAUGGGGGGACUAGACUUAUGUUUUGGACGCUAUGACACAAUUGAACACAAAGUGGGUGAUUGCCCUCCUUUUUUAUGGCCUGGAAAGGACUAUUACAACCCAAGAGAAUCUGAACCAAAUUCUUGGGAAGAUGCUAUGAAAGAUGAACUGGAGCGUGGAAAAUAUCCUCGUAUGCCAUGGCAUGAUGUCCAUUGUGCUCUUUGGGGACCACCCUGUCGAGAUGUUGCUAGGCAUUUUGUUCAGCGUUGGAACCAUGCGAAGAGAAGUAAAGCUCCAAAUGAACAAACAAUACCACUCCUUAUGCCACAACACCACAUGGUUAUCCCACACUACAUGGGAAGAAGCAGAAAGAUGGACAUUGAAAGUAACACCACUGAAGUAAAGCAGAAAGACAUCAGUAGACAGGAUUCGUUUUCCUCCAGAUCACCGUUAGAAGAUAUCCCAUUGCUUUUGCCCCAGGAAGCUGGUGGACUAGAUGCUUCCAACAUCAAUAGCAACUUAAAUGGCUUGGACCAGAGCCACUAUCAUCUAGAUCAGCCAAGCAGGUCUGGUCCAGGCCCUUCAUUCUUUUUAGAGGAAGCCAAAGUUGAACCUUUAAUACCAGAUAUGCAGAUAAAAGGCUUUGUGGAUGAUUUUGAUUCUUUGGAUCUUCAACACACAAUGAUUAUAGAUGCAGUAGCAGAGUCUGGCUUGCAAAUUUCUGAUGAGUGGUGGGAAACACAAGAGAAAGGUUGUCAAGUUGUUUCACCUGAUGAAACUUCACAAAUUGGUUCCCGUACUUCUUGCCGUUGUCAGGUUAUCAGAAGUGUCAGCCAGUGGUCUGCUGGAACAGGUCAAACUGAAGACAGCAUUCAUAAAGCUUAUUGUUCUCUCAUCGAUAAAGCAGAACACUUCGUCUACAUCGAGAAUCAAUUUUUUAUAUCGGGACUUUCGGGAGAUGAUAUCAUACAGAAUCGUGUCCUGGAAGCUAUAUAUAGGCGUAUCAUUCGUGCACACAAAGAACAGAAGUGCUUCAGGGUUAUUAUUGUCAUACCGCUCCUACCCGGCUUUCAGGGGGGUCUAGAUGAUGGUGGAGCGGCAACUGUGAGAGCCAUAAUGCAUUGGCAGUAUCGAACCAUUUGCAGAGGAAACAACUCAAUACUGUACAGUCUUAAUGCAUUGCUCGGUCCUAAAACAUAUGAUUACAUAUCUUUCUAUGGUCUCAGGACGUAUGGUCGACUUUUUGACGGCGGUCCCGUGGUCACAAGUCAGGUGUAUGUCCACAGCAAAGUGAUGAUAAUCGAUGACCGCAUUUCCUUGGUUGGGUCAUCCAAUGUAAACGAUAGGAGUUUGCUUGGAUCAAGAGACACUGAGAUUGGGGUACUCAUUGAAGAUAACGAAUUUGUUGAAUCCUCAAUGAAUGGACAGCCAUGGAAGGCUGGAAAAUUUUCUUUUACUCUUCGCCUGUCCCUGUGGUCAGAGCACCUUGGUUUACCUGCCAGAGAGAUUAAUCAAAUCAAAGACCCUAUAGCCGACGCUACAUACAAAGAUUUGUGGUUGGCGACUUCAACGACAAAUAGCUUGAUCUACCAAGAUGUGUUCUCUUGCAUCCCAACUGACCUUAUACACUCCAGGUCAGCACUUAGACAAAGUGCGAGCUAUUGGAAAGAGAAACUUGGGCACACUACAAUUGAUUUAGGAGUAGCUCCUGAGAAACUUGAACUCUUUGGGAAUGGAAAAAUCACAUCAACAUAUCCAAUGGAGAUGCUAAAUCGGUGA